AUGGAAGAAGGAAAUCAUUCGGUGGUGAGUGAGUUCAUUCUCUCAGGUCUCUCAGACAGUGCAGAACUGCAAGUUCUUCUGUUUGUGUUGUUCCUACUAAUUUAUGUUACCACCCUGGUCUGUAAUGGGGGGAUGAUCUUCUUAAUCACAAUUGACCCACAACUACACACCCCCAUGUACUUUUUCCUCAGGAGUUUGUCUUUCUGUGAUCUCUGCUGUUCUACAGUAAUAGCCCCUAAAAUGCUGCAGACUUUCUUAACUGAGAAGAAAAGCAUUUCGUACAUUGCUUGUGCUGUGCAAAUGUAUUGCUUCCUUGUUUGUGUAGAUGUUGAGUGUCUCUUACUGGCUGUGAUGGCAUACGACCGUUAUGUGGCCAUCUGUAACCCACUGCUCUAUACGGUCACCAUGUCCAGGCAGCGUUGUGGCCAGCUGGUGGCUGGAGUUUGUGCUGUGGGGUUGGUGGAUGCAAUGAUACUCACAUGUUGUACCUUUCAGCUGUCAUUCUGUCGCUCCAACAUCAUCAGGCAUUUCUACUGUGAAAUGCCCUUUGUGAUGGGGCUGUCCUGCUCUGACACACGCAUCACUGAGACUAUGGAAGAGGGAAAUUAUUCAGUGGUGACUGAGUUCAUUCUCUCAGGACUGACAGAUCGUCCGGAGCUCCAGGUCCCCCUGUUUGUGUUGUUCCUACUGAUUUAUGUUAUCACCCUGGUCUGUAAUGGGGGGAUGAUCUUGUUAAUCACAAUUGACCCAGAACUCCACACCCCCAUGUACGUUUUCCUCAGGAGUUUGUCUUUUUGUGAUCUCUGCUGUUCCACAGUAAUAGCCCCUAAGAUGCUGCAGACUUUCUUAGCUGAGAGGAAAAGCAUUUCGCACAUUGCCUGUGCUUUGCAACUGUAUUUCUUUCUUUUCUUUGUAGAUAUUGAGUGUGUUUUGCUGUCUGUGAUGGCCUAUGACCGUUAUGUGGCCAUCUGUAAACCGCUGCUCUAUACAGUCAUCAUGUCCAGGCAGCGUUGUAACCAGCUGGUGGCUGGGGUGUGUGCUGUGGGGCUGGUUAAUGCAAUGAUACACACGUGUUUUACAUUUCGUCUUUCAUUUUGUCGCUCCAACAUCAUCAAUCAUUUCUUUUGUGGCAUCGCCCCAUUGCUGCCGCUCUCCUGCUCGGACACCCACAUCAAUGGGAUUCUGAUUUUUGCUGCUACAUUUUACAUGGUGGUGAUCACCAUUGGGACCAUUCUCCUCUCCUAUGGCUACAUCAUCUCCGCCAUCCUGCGGAUCCGCUCUGCUGAGGGCCGGUGGAAAUCCUUCUCCACAUGCACCUCUCAUUUGACCGCAGUGGUCAUGUAUCAUGGCAUUCUCAUUUUUAUGACUUUCCAACCCACCUCCAGCUAUUCCUUGGACACAGACAAAAUAACCUCUGUGUUCUACGCGCUGGGGAUCCCCAUGUUGAACCCCCUCAUCUACAGCCUGAGGAACAGGCAGGUGAAGAAUGCCUUGAGAAAAACAAUGAAUAAACUCCUAAGGAAUUUCUGA